UAGCUCUUGUCCCUCCCUGAAAUCCCACAUUUAGUUCCACCUGAAGAGCUUCAAUAUUCUCCAAUCCUUUUCAUAUUUCUGUUGGCCUUUUGUGAACCUUUCCCCGACUGCUGUUUCUCACACUUCCUGCCGUGGUUACUGGCCGUGUUCUUCUGCUGUCCCCCUCUGCUGCUGCUGCUGCUGCUGCUGCUGUUGCUGCCGCUGCUAUGAGUUGCCUUGGACGGUUGCCAAUCCCUGUAAAACUCUUCUUGGACUUUGAAAAUGAAAACUCCUAACUUUCUCAACUUUGCUCCAAACAGUCUGAGGCCUUCCUGAGCAAAUCACCAUUACGGCACAGUUUAUUUGACUAAAGAGCCAUAAAGUUUGUCCAUUCAAUUUAUUUUUUGGACCAAGUCAAAAUAUAAGCCCACGUAAUGGUGGCGUGUUCGAAAGGAAUUGCCUCGUCCAAGCAAUCUCACUGCUGUGACUAAUCAAAUUAAUAAAAUAACUCUCUUUGUCCUUUUUUCUGAGUGAAAUCAUAAUGACAAUUUGUGGAAAUCAAAACCCAAAAUGGCCUCACAAUUCUGUCUCAUUAUGGUUUUUUUUAUUUGUUUUUUGGUUUUUUUGUAUAGCCACAGUAGUGUGUAAACCCCCAAUGAGUCUUCUCAAUCCCUUCCUGCUACCCUCUUCCAGGGAUCAACUCUGACACAAAACCCUCUCUUGUGAUUGGUUUCCCAAGUCUAAAAAAAAAAAUGUCUAUGCUUCCGUACCUGCUUGUUGAACUUGCUGGCUCAACCCAAAUUCCCGUUACGCCUUUCACGUUUCAAAAUUAAAAAUUACAUUUUUAAAUACAGUAAUUGCAAAGCUACUGUACAUCUGGAAUUUAAAAUAUGUCAUACUUUUAAUGAGUUCAUAAAUAAGCAUAAUGUUUCAUGUCAUAGCUACUGUAUAUGUCAUAGAUUCUUUACUACCUUUGACUUUUUGGGGGUGGGAGAUCCAGUGUUUGUCAAGGUGUGUAAUCAAUGGACCCAUUGUAAUGCCAUGUCUAUGCUGUUUCUUUUCUCUUUGUAUCUUUUUAACCACAGAGUCAUUUGGUGGCACGCCCAUACGAGGUGCACUGCAGAUUGAAAUGAGCGAAGAGUCUGACCAGGGCAAGUAUGAGUGUGUUGCCACCAACAGCGACGGAACUCGCUAUUCCACCCCGGCGAACCUCUAUGUCCGCGAGCUCCGAGAAGUGCGUCGCGUCCCCCCUCGGUUCUCCAUCCCCCCGGCGGACAGUGAGAUCAUGCCAGGGGGUAACGUCAACAUCACCUGCGUGGCAGUGGGCUCGCCCAUGCCCUACGUAAAGUGGAUGCUGGGGGCCGAGGACCUGACUCCAGAGGACGAUAUGCCCAUCGGCCGCAAUGUCCUCGAACUGACGGAUGUGCGCCAGUCCAACAAUUACACCUGCGUUGCCAUGUCAACGCUCGGCGUUAUUGAGGCGGUGGCGCAGAUUAUUGUCAAAGCUCUCCCAAAGGCUCCUGGCACACCCGUGGUGACUGAGAGGACUGCAACAAGCAUCACUCUCACCUGGGACUCUGGCAACCCCGAACCUGUUUCCUAUUAUAUCAUACAACACCGUUCCAAAGGCUCAGAGGACCCCUAUAAAGAGAUUGAUGGCAUCGCCACCACUCGCUACAGUGUGGGUGGCCUCAGCCCUUACUCCCAUUAUGACUUCCGCGUGGCAGCUGUUAACACCAUCGGCCAGGGUCCGUCCAGCGAAGUGGUGGAGGCUCGCACUGCGGAGCAGGCGCCCUCCUCGCCUCCCCGACAAGUCAGAGGUCGCAUGUUGAGCACAACAACGGCGAUCAUCCACUGGGAUGAGCCAGAGGAACCAAACGGGCAAGUUGUGGGCUACAGGGUGUAUUAUACCUCAGACAACACGCUGCCAGUCAACCAGUGGGAAAAGCAGAUGGUGCGGAGCGCCAACUUCAUCACCAUUCAGGGUUUGACUCCGAACAAGACGUAUUACAUCCGAGUGUUGGCUUUCACCUCUGUUGGAGAUGGUCCUCUUUCCCAGGACCUGCAGAUUAUUGCCAAGACUGGCGUCCCAUCCCAGCCUUCAGAGUUCAAAGGAGAGGCCAAAUCUGAGACGAGUAUCCUGUUGUCCUGGGUAGCGCCACCCCAGGGCGGCCCCGACAACCAGAUCACAGGAUAUGAACUGGUUUAUCGACGAGCAGACGAUACAGAGGAGAAGAAAGUGAGCUUUGAGCCGACAACCUCCUACCUGUUGAAGAACCUCAAGCCUUUCUCAGCCUAUACUUUCCAACUGGCUGCCCGUAGCAAACAUGGCAUCGGUGCAUAUACCAACGAGGUUUCCGUUGACACGCCCCAGACGCUUCCUUCAGCACCUCCUCAGGACAUAACAUGCACCAGCCCCACUUCUACCAGCAUCCUGGUAAGUUGGGCACCACCGCCUAUGGAGUUUCAGAACGGCGUCAUUACGGGAUACACCAUCCAGUACUCCGCUACGGGGGUCAACAAAACCUCCAAAAGGAUUGACGGCAUUCCUACGGAAGGUUCUCCGUAUCUCUUGCAAAACCUGGAGAAAUGGACCGAGUACGGAAUAACAGUGCGGGCGCAGACGGAAGCCGGCGACGGACCUGAGAGUUUACAGCUGAUUAUCCGCACCGAGGAAGAUGUUCCAAGUGGUCCUCCUCGAGGGGUGGACGCAGAGACAGUGAACGCCUCAGCCAUUAGGGUGAAAUGGCGAGCGCCAGCCCCUGAGCUGCAGCACGGUCAGAUCCGAGGCUACCAAGUCCACUACGUGAGGAUGAACUACGGCGAGCCUCAGGGUCAGCCCUUCAUCAAGGACAUCCUCAUGGAGGACUCACAGUGGGAAUAUGACCAGUCAGCUCAAUAUGAGGCGCUUCUCGGAGACUUGAAGGUAGACACCUCCUACUCGAUCUCAGUAGGAGCUUACACCGCCAAGGGAGAUGGCGCUCGCAGCAAACCUGUUAGCGUCUGCACUGCUCUACCGCUACCUGAACAGCCCAAACUCAUGGUGAGCGCAACUGACUCGGGCACUGCUCUGCUUCAGUGGUACCCGCCGCCAAAUCAGGUCACGCCACUCCUGGGUUACCGCCUGACCUUUGGCCGCGUCGACGUCCUUCCCUUCACAGUGGUGGAAUUCCCCACCAAAGAGAAUCGCUACACGGCUCAGGACAUCCACAAGGGAGCCAACUAUGUGUUCAGACUGUCCGCCCGUAACAAAAUGGGCUACGGAGAGGAGGGAGUUAAAGAAGUGACCACCCCUGAAGGCUCCCCAACUGGAUAUCCAGAAAAUAUUAUUUCAGAGGAGAUUUCUGCCAACUCCCUACGCUUGACGUGGAAAUCAGUGCCACUCAUUGAGCAAAAUGGAAAAAUUGCCAAGUACUCAGUCCUGUACAAGGAUAUAAACAGUCGGGGCAAUUCCUCAGAAGUUGUAGUGCCCACUCCCGGGUCGAGUGUUUUGUUGGAGGGUCUGAGUGCCGAUACCGUGUACGAUGUCAGGGUGUGCGCGUUCACGGCUGUCGGGCGCGGUCCGUACAGCCCCGGUGUCCAGUUUAGGACGCAGCGGCUCGACCAAGUUUUUGCCACCAACUUCCGAGUGAAAGCCGCCAUGAAGAAUUCUGUUCUGUUGUCCUGGGAGGUCCGAGACAAGAAUCCUACCCAGCCAUUCACUAUCCUGUACGGAAAGGGUCAGUCUGUGGAAGUGGAUGGGACGCAGACUCAGAAGCUGAUCACCGGAUUGCAGCCAGACACCUUGUACUCUUUCUUGCUUACCAACCGAGCCAACAGCGCCGGGGGCCUGCAGCACCGGGUCACCGCCACGACUGCUCCAGAUAUCCUGAAAAGCAAGCCCAUCGUGCUGGGGCAGACCAAUGCUGAUGGCAUGGUGACUGUGCAACUUCCAUCUGUGCAGACGGCAGCUAAAGUCAAGGGUUAUUACGUGGUGGUGGUGCCACUGAAGAAGCAGAGAGGAGGGAAGUUCUUGAAUCCAUGGGAGGACCCAGACCAGAUGAACUUAGAUGAGUUGCUGAGAGAGAUUAACAGAACCAGCGUAAGCCAUUCCCUCCGUAUCCGCAGACAGGCCGGCCAAUCGGAUCCCAGGGCUUACGUCAACGCUCACUUCAAAACCCUCCCCAGGGAGUUCACGCUCGGCGACGGACGAAACUACGGCGACUUCCGCAACCGUCCGCUGCAGAACGGGCAGGAAUACGUCUUCUUUGUGCUCGCCCUGCUUGACCUUUCGGAGAACACUAUGUUCUCCACCAGUCCGUACUCCGAUCCCGUGACCUCAUCGGAUGUGGACCCGCAGCCAAUUGUUGAUGAGGAAGAGGGCCUCUUGUGGGUCGUCGGUCCUGUUUUGGCCGUCAUCUUCAUCGUGUGCAUUGUCAUUGCCAUCCUUCUCUUCAAAAGCAAACCCGACAGUCUCUCAGCAUUCACACAACAAACAUCCAGCAACACUUUAAGAAUUGAGAAACGAACCGAGGCGGAGGGCAGGAAGGGCAGUUUCCCCUGCAGCAAAGCCAUGUCAUCUCACCAUCCCACCGAUCCCGUGGAGCUGCGUAGAAUCAACUUCCAGACUCCAGCCUACCGUGUAUCAGUGUACCGUGGUUAUCGGCGUUUGUCAAGCAUGGCGAGCCACCCGCCCGUCCCCAUCUCGGAGCUGGCAGAUAACAUUGAGCGCCUCAAGGCAAACGACAACCUCAAGUUCUCACAAGAGUACGAGUCUGUUGACCCUGGUCAGCAGUUCACGUGGGAGAACUCCAACUUGGAAGUCAACAAACCAAAGAACCGCUACGCUAACGUCAUUGCCUACGACCACUCCAGGGUGAUACUCUCAGGCAUUGAGGGCGUCCCAGGGAGUGACUACAUCAACGGCAACUAUAUCGACGGGUACCGGCGUCAAAACGCCUACAUCGCCACUCAGGGUUCCCUUCCGGAGACCUUCGGGGACUUCUGGAGGAUGGUGUGGGAGCAGCAUACAGCCAACAUUAUCAUGAUGACCAAGCUGGAGGAGAAGUCAAGGAUGCCCUCUUAUUUCUUCUCUAAGGUGAAGUGCGACCAGUACUGGCCGACACGAGGCACAGAGACCUACGGCCUCAUCCAGGUCACUCUGCUGGACACAGUGGAGCUGGCCACCUACUCCGUCAGGACCUUUGCGCUUUACAAGAGCGGCUCCAAUGAGAAGCGUGAGGUUCGUCACUUCCAAUUCACGGCCUGGCCAGACCACGGGGUACCUGAGCACCCCACUCCGUUCCUGGCCUUCCUGCGAAGGGUUAAGGCCUGCAACCCCGCAGAUGCGGGGCCCAUGAUCGUCCACUGCAGUGCCGGAGUGGGUCGCACAGGUUGCUUCAUCGUGAUCGACGCCAUGGCGGAGCGGAUCAAGCACGAGAAGACGGUGGACAUCUACGGCCACGUCACGCUCAUGCGCUCCCAGAGGAACUACAUGGUCCAGACGGAGGACCAGUAUAUCUUCAUCUACGACGCGCUGCUGGAGGCCGUGACCUGCGGGAACACGGAGGUCCCCGCCAGGAACUUGUACUCGUACAUCCAGAGGCUGACGCAGAUUGAACCCGGCGACAAUGUCACCGGCAUGGAGCUGGAGUUCAAGCGUCUGGCCAGCGCCAAGGCCCACACGUCGCGCUUCGUCAGUGCCAACCUGCCGUGCAACAAGUUCAAGAACAGGCUCGUCAACAUCAUGCCCUACGAGACCACGCGCGUCCCCCUGCAGCCAAUCAGAGGAGUGGAAGGGUCGGACUACAUCAACGCCAGCUUCAUCGAUGGAUACAGGCAACAGAAGGCCUACAUAGCGACGCAAGGCCCGCUGGCGGAGACCACGGAGGACUACUGGAGGAUGCUGUGGGAACACAACUCCACCAUCGUUGUCAUGCUCACCAAACUGCGGGAGAUGGGACGAGAGAAAUGUCACCAGUAUUGGCCCGCGGAGCGCUCAGCUCGCUACCAGUACUUUGUGGUGGAUCCCAUGGCCGAGUACAACAUGCCUCAAUACAUCCUGCGAGAAUUCAAAGUCACCGACGCCAGAGAUGGCCAAUCGCGGACGGUUCGUCAAUUCCAGUUCACUGAUUGGCCAGAACAAGGAGUGCCAAAGUCGGGGGAGGGAUUCAUUGAUUUCAUUGGCCAAGUGCAUAAAACUAAAGAACAGUUUGGCCAGGAUGGACCAAUUACUGUGCACUGCAGCGCCGGAGUGGGCCGGACGGGCGUGUUCAUCACGCUGAGCAUCGUGCUGGAGAGGAUGCGCUACGAGGGCGUGGUGGACAUCUUCCAGACGGUCAAGAUGCUGCGCACGCAGAGGCCUGCCACCGUUCAAACAGAGGACCAGUACCAGUUCUGCUACCGUGCUAGUCUGGAGUACCUGGGAAGCUUUGAUCACUAUGCAACAUAAAUGUGUCGCGGCACGUCCCGUCCGCCCCCCCCCCCCCAAUCCACUCGUCUGUGGAUGAAUGCGCUGGGCGGCGACGUGUCUAUGAAGAGGGCGCCACAAACAUGCAGAGUGAAAAGGGGCGUCCUUCGUACCCACAAAGAGCACCUCUAACUGAGCCAUAAGCGACCUGCUUGACAAAGGGGUCUCCACCCGCCCUUUGACCCAAACACGCCCAUUGGUCAGUCCGAAGAAGCAACUCGCUCCAAUGCUUGAUCAGAAUCUCCGUUGUCUUUGUUUCAGUCAGUGCUGUUUUCUAAGCACCCAGGUUGCUUUACAUUGUUCGGGUGUGGAACUGUUCACCUCAUCCACCACCAGUGUAGCAUCACCGACAUGGAUAGAUUGAUAGAACGUCACAGGACAUUGGAUUUUUCUAUCUUUAGACCAACUCGAAGGCAUCCAUCAUAUGGACGCCUCGUGGACGGACACAAAGUGGGACUUUGGAGCACGGGAGAAUUGCCAACCGGAGAGUGGAAACUCACCGAGCACACACUUUUAAGGAUACACGGACCCACAAUGGACACCAGGAAGUGUUUCCCCCCUUUUUUUUUGGGGGGGGGGGUGUUUUUAGGGAAGCAAAGUCUUGUUUCCUAUAAAUGAAGAAGACAUUUCUAUCACAUAGUAAUAAAAAAAAAGCACCAGUUACACUUAAUUGUUCACAGAUUAAGAUAAGGGAAUUGUGAGAGGUUUCAAAAGCACCAACCCCACCACAAACAAAAUAUCAUUUUCUGAAAACAAAAACAAAAGUGGGCUCUCUUCUAAAGGCACAGUCAUCCUUUUGUGAUACUUUGUUUUUUUUGUGCAUUUUUAUGUUAUCAUUUUUCUGAAAGAAAUACAAUCAGAUGCAGUUGGGGUUUGCAGUUUCUCAGAAACGUUCCCCGAACAACUAUUCCAUAAUCGCUUUUAUUUGCAUGAGCAAAUCGAUGAAGUCUUUGCCUGCCGGAUGAUUUAGGGUUCAGGGUUAAGGUCUGUUUCAGGAUAUAGUUAGGUUCAGGUUUAGGGUUCUGGAUUUUGGUCUAUAGUUGGAUUUAGGGUCAGGGAACGGGUUUCGGGUUAGGAAGUAUGCGUAGGGUUGAGUGUUUCAGGUUAGAUAGGGAUGGAUUUGUUUUGGUUCGUAUUAGGGGAGCAAAGCAUCAGUUUUAAAAAGUGUUCUGCUACCAGCCGGUCCCUUGAAAUUUCUCCACUAAUGCGUGUAAAUCAAGAGAGAGAAGAAAGAGCGUAGAUCACAAAUCCGUAGAGUGCACGGAAUGUUUUUCUUUUUUGGGGGGCGGGGGGGUGAGGAAUGAAAAACUAUUUAAAACUUCACCUAGAUUUUAGAACAAGAAUUGUGGAAACGUGUCGAGACGAUGUUCUCACUGGAAUGCUCACCACUGGCUCGUGUGUCCGUCUGAUUCAGUGUGCAAUAAGUAGAUUCGUAUUCGAUAUAUUUUUGUGUCCACUCACUCACUGCAGUCACAUGCCAUGAUGAUGAUGAUGAUGAUGACGAUGAAGAUAAAUAUUACCCAUGGUGCAUCAUGUCCCAGACACGAGGCUAUUAAACAUUUGAGUCCGCCGCCCCACGUAAACAGUGUCGUCGUCACGGUAACCAGGAAACUAACGAAUGAUUGCAACCCCCAAUGAAUAGUUUAAGUUUAGAUUUCUAGUGCCUUAUAUUACACGCCUAUUUUGAUAAACUUACGUUUAAGGGUUCUUGUGUAUUUUACGUAUGCACACUUAUGUAUAUUUGUGUCGCGCGCGUGUGUGUCAGUAUGUGUGUGCGUGUGUGAGAGAGAUUUUUUUUUCUGUUCCACGAUGUGAAAAUUGCUGGUGUUCUUUUGUUUUUCAACGGCUCGUCAUACUCAUCACUUUGAAAGGAAUGCAGUCAUAUCGUUUUGAAGGAGUCAAACAAAGGUUUAUUUCCAACGUAUGAGCUGUAAAUGAUAUGAUUAGUUUGAUAAGUCAAAUGUGCGCGGUGAUGCUAUCGGCGCAUUUCCUCAAAUAAUGGCCUCCGCUUUAAUUGAUUGAACGAAUAAACGCCGCACCCCAAAUAGACAUUUCUGUUUUUAUCUAUGCUUUUUAUCUUCUUUUUUCCUGGGUUUGCAGUAAUCCCUCGUUUAUCGUGUGGGGGGUCGGGGGUAUAGGUUCCAGACCACCCACCCCCACGAUAGGUGAAUUUUGCGAAGUAGUGUGACAUAUUUCAGUUGUUUUGUUUUGGGUUUUUUUUUUUUUAUCCCCUUGUCAGUGCAGUCAAUGCUUAAUGUGAAAAAAAUCUUAAUGUCACCAAACUGUGACCAAUUGUCUCCAAAAUGUAUGUGGACAUCUCUAAUUACGCCCCCUUCCCCAUCUGAAUAAUAUCAGAACGAUUUUAUAUAAAUAUGGGUCAUAUCUGGCCACUAUAUGAGGAAAUCAAAACAUUUUUAUUGUCAAAUCGAAGAGGGAAAAAAAGCGAAAUGACGACAUUUGUGCAUACAGGAGUAAAUCCCGCAGGCAACAGCGUUGCUUGUCCUACCCUCGUCACCGUUCUGGUGCCCCCGGUGUUGUUUUUGUAAGCAUGGUACCACUUCGGAGAUGCCCCGUUGGUCGCACCUGUAAUGGGAAGACGUGCACUUUCUCUCUUGUACUAUGCACUAAAUGCUCUUAUCUCUGUUGCCCCCCCCCCCUUCCCCGACCACGCACCCCAACCCCCUUCUAAAAAAAAAAAAAGAUGAAAAGUUUCCUUGAACUAGCUCAUCAUGGACGCUGCAAUGCUCACACGGUUGUGUAUAUGUAAAUAACACCCAACACAGAGACUAAUUGAAAUUCUUAAAUGAUGAAGAGUAAGUGAACUAUCUCAGAUAUACAGAGCGAUAUAACAAAAGAUUGCACCAGAAAUCAGUUUAUGGCACAGAAAUAUGUGCAAUACAUCACAUUGUGGCUUUGUUGCACCACAAAUGAGUUAAACGUGAUAAACGUGUUCUACUUUACCCCCCAAUGUAUCAUGUAGAUGGAUUAAAAACUGGAGUUUAUAAAUUAUAUAAAAAUGAAAAUAAUGGUGUGUUGCUUGGAUCAGUCACCUCCAACUGGUCUGUAUAUGUAAACUUUUUGUUUUGUUUGUUUGUUUUUCAUUUUCUGCUCCGGGUCAACAAGUGCUUUUUUUUUUUAUUUUCUUACAUUGGUUGUCAGAGUGUGUGCAAACCUGAGGAUGAAAAAAAACACACACGGGUCUGUAUGGAUUUCUGUUCUUUGUCGACACAAGUUUCAUUUGUUACAAAUAAACUCAAGUGAAAUAAAAGACACCGAACCUG